AUGAACCCGUUCGUUCGGCUCGGCCGGUUUAUUCGACGGCUGCCGUCGCCUCCAAGAACGCCUAGCACCUCCAAUUCCCCUGUCCUUGACUCUGCAACUAAAGUCGAGGAAAAACGAAUGCCUGCGUAUGAUCGAGGCCUUUUUCUCCCGGUCAAACUUGCUCUGAAAAUAUUUAUCGGCAGCCAUAGUGAGAAUCAGGAAGUGCGCGUGCUUGACCACCUUUCAAAUAUAAGGUCAAAUCAUCCUGGCAGCAGCCUGGUCCGCAAAAUGAUCGAUAAAUUCGAACUUACGGGUCCAAGAGGUGUCCACCAGUGCAUUGUUUACGAACCUCUUUUGACCAGCCUGCUUCAUUUCCAAGCAAUAUUGGACCCGAAAAGCCUUCCUGAGGACCUACUAAAGGGUGCAUUGCAACAGCUCUUACUAGCGCUUGAUUAUCUACAUUCAGGCACGCGUUAUACACACUGGUUUGUGGAUCCAAAGAAUAUUAUUAUUAGCGCAAAGGAUGACUCAAUUUUCCAUGAAUGGGAUGCCAGUGAGGCUGUUGACCCGAGCCCUCGGAAGGUCCAUGACGACUAUACUAUCUAUUUGUCUCGACCGUUUCGUUGUAAGAAGGGAUGGAAUAGUUUUGGAAUGCCUUGGAGAAGCUCGUAUCGGGGAGAUUUUACCGAUGUAUCUAUUGAUCUGUUGACUGAUGUAGAGAUUCAGAUCUGGGAUCUCUUCGAGGGUCACCAUCUAUUUGAUGGUAGGGGGCCAGAUGGUCGUUAUUCUGAUGCUUAA